UAUUGAAUACAUUUAAAAUCUUUAACAUAUCAAGACCUUAUUUCGAAAUGAAAUUAAUUACCCGAUUAUACAAUUACCAUCUGACAAAAGAAUCUUGUACGUACUUUCAAAAUCCCAACAGAUAAAGAAAAAAAUUUACAUUAUCCUUUGAAAUAAACUUAAAGCAGCCAACACCAACUUAUGGUUCAAAUUAAAAAGGGCAUGGCGGCCUCCGCCGGCUUCUUCACUCCGCCGCCGCCGCCGUCGUUUUUCCGCCGCCUGCAGAAAGAUUCAUUCCAAGGCCUAUUCUUCCUGCUCAUAGCCAGCUCGAUUUUCUUCUUUUUCUAUUCAUUUUCCAGCAUAAAACUUGAGAUUAAUCAGCAAGAAGGCCUAAUUCACCCUCCUAAAGCUAUCAUACCACUUCAACAACCACACCAAGCUGUGCACAACCACCCUUUCAUCUCUCAAGAAUUGCAAGACGACGUUAUUCUGCCGGAGAAGGAAGUUGUUGCGACGUCAAAGGGCGGCGCCGGCGAUCGUGAAACACCAGGUCAUGGUGAAUCAGUAACUGGAUCGCGAAACGACGAUGCAUUCCACGAGAGAAGCGUAUUCAUGGAAGAGUACGAAGAAAUGAACAAGAGCAUGAAGAUAUAUGUAUACCCACACAACAAGAGUGAUCCCUUCGCAAACGUGCUGUUGCCGGUGGAUUCAGAGCCAGGCGGCAACUACGCAAGCGAGAGCUACUUCAAGAAAGCCCUCUUCAACAGCCAUUUCCUCACAAACGACCCUUGGGAAGCGGACCUCUUCUACCUCCCUUUCUCCAUUGCGAGCCUUAGGCACGAUAAGAGAAUAGGCGUUGGUGGGAUUCAAACCUAUAUUAGGAACUACGUUCGAGACAUUAGUCGGGCCUACCCCUUUUGGAACCGGACAGGCGGCGCAGAUCACUUCUACGUUGCCUGCCAUUCCGUAGGGAGAACGGCCAUGAACAAAGCGGUCCAAGUCAAGCUCAAUGCGAUUCAAGUGGUGUGCUCCUCGAGCUACUUCGUGAACAACUAUGUCACCCACAAAGAUGCAUCGAUACCUCAGAUUUGGCCGAGGAAAGGCCGCCGACCAACGCGCCCGCCAUCACAAAGACAGAAUUUGGCAUUUUACGCAGGAGCAAUGAACUCGAGGGUUCGGGAGUCUCUGGUGAGGACGUGGGGGAACGAUUCGGAGAUAUCGGUCCACCGUGCUCGGCUGAAGACGCCCUACUCGGAGUCGCUGCUGAGGAGCAAAUUCUGCAUCCAUGCUAAAGGAUUUGAAGUGAACACAGCUCGAAUAGGGGAUGCAUUGUAUUACGGGUGUGUGCCUGUAGUUUUAGCAGAUCACUAUGAUCUUCCAUAUGCAGACAUCUUGAAUUGGGAGAGUUUCUCGGUUGUGUUGUCAGCUUCUGACAUUCCGAUCAUGAAAAAGGUGCUUCGGGAAAUGGUGGGAUCCGGCCAAUAUUUGAGGUUGCAAGGGAAUGUUGUGAGAUUGCAAAAGCAUUUCCAGUGGCACACUGUGCCGCUUCAUUAUGAUGCGUUUUACAUGGUUAUGUAUGAGCUCUGGCUUCGGAGAAGUCAUGUCAAGAUCACCAUUUGAUUAACCCAUUUAUUUGUUUGUCUCAUUACUUUGUACAGUUGUAGGGGGAAUUGGUUAAAAUAAGUUUAUUAUGAAUUUCCUAUAAAAUAUUCUAAUUUCGUUGCAAAA